AGAGAGAGAGAGAAACCAUCACAGCAUCGUUUCAGAUGGUCUGAACUCGCUCCUGAAGGAUCUUUAACUUCUUGUUUUGUGUUUGAUGUGAAGUGAGCUGAGCUGAGAUCAGUCUGAGGAGGUUUCAUAUCAGAUUUAUCAGAAGAGAAGAAACUUUUAGUUUUGCUCUGGAUGAUUUACCUUCACCUGUCUGAGCCUUCUGGAGCAACAACCAGCUGCUGACAACAUUCAGGGCCGGAUAUACUGGAUCUUCUAAAGGGGACCCUGACCUGGUGGGGCUCCUGGGAGUCAACACUGUCAGGAUCCCAGAACAACUCUCCCGGUCGCCAUGGCUGCCAACGACACCCCUCUGGGUUGCGGCUCUAACGUGGACUCCCUCUAUUACAACCUGUGUGACCUUAAUGCCGCGUGGGGCAUCGUGCUGGAGGCGAUCGCGGCGGCCGGCGUCGUCUUCUCCUUCGUGCUCUUUGUCUCGCUGCUGGCCAGCGUGCCCUUCACGCAGGACAAGAACCGGAAGAGCUCGGUGGCGCUCCACGCCUGGUUCCUGGUCUGCACCGCCGGCCUCUUCUGCCUGACCUUCGCCUUCAUCGUGGGAAAGGACUUCUCAACCUGCGCCUCGCGGAGGUUCCUCUUCGGGGUGCUGUUUGGCGGCUGCUUCGCCUGCCUCCUGAUGCAGUGUGUGAGGCUGAACAUCCUCGCCAGGCGGAACAGCGGGCCGCGGGCCUGGGCCCUGUGUCUGGGGGCGGUGGGGCUGUGGCUGGUGGAGGUGGUCAUCAACACCGAGUGGCUGAUCAUCACAAUAGUGCGCCACCCACAGGGGCCACUCAAUGCCACCGCCGAAGCUAGCAGAGCCACGGUUACGCCUUGCAACAUCGCCAACGAGGACUUCGUCAUGGCGCUGAUCUACGUGAUGACCCUGAUCCUGGCCGUGGUGGUGGCGAGUCUGGCCAUCAUGGCGGGCAAACACAAUCAGUGGAAGAAGGAAGGCGCCUUCAUCCUUCUAACCAGCCUGAUCUCUGUGGGGAUCUGGGUGGCGUGGAUCGUCAUGUACGUCUACGGGAACGAGAGGAGAGGGGGGCCCACCUGGGACGACCCCACCUUGGCCAUCGCCUUGGUGGCGAACGCUUGGGCGUUCCUCAUCCUCUACACCAUUCCUGACAUCUGCACUUUGACGGGUGACGGUGAAAGCCAGCAGAGCUUGGGGGAAGAUCUAUACCCGAACCGAGGAGUCGGCUACGAGACGAUCCUGAAGGAGCAGGGCUCCCAGAACAUGUUCGUGGAGAAUAAAGCUUUCUCUAUGGACGAGCCCAACCAAGCGGCCAAGCCUGUGUCUCCGUACAGCGGCUACACCGGUCAGCUGCGUGGUUCGGUGUACCAGCCCACUGAGCUGGCUCUCAUCAGCAAAGCAAUAGGAAAUCACCCUCCGGACGUGUCCUAUGACAUGAUCAUUCCCAGAGCGUCCGCCAACUCUGCAGCCAACAGCGGGACCAGCACCCCCUCCACGCACGCCGAGACCGGGAACGGCGCACACACACAGACUAACGGAAAUAGCGGGAAUGGUCUGCAUAGGACGUCCCAGUGGUGAACACGCUGAUGCUCCCACCUCCCCGUCACAUUAACUCCAGUUCACGUCUUUUCAUUUGCACCUGCUGACUGUGUGUUUGUUCUCCACGGUUCCCUGAGCUGGUUCUAAGAGGAACCCUCGGCACCCAGACACGUGGAGGUGAACGCUGGGUCAUCCCCUCUGGUGGAAAACAGCUAACCCUUCUAUUGACUGGCGUCCCGUGUGGGGGGGUAUCAGACAGCAUAGAGCUUCGUUUGGAAGUGAAAGCGAGGGGAUGAAGCCACGGCUUUGCUGCACAACAAAGACUUUUUGCAAUGGUCGCCUUUUCUCUGGAGAGAGGACGGCGAGCUCUCUGCUGGACCCGAUCACACAGAUGAAGAGUGACGGUGCUGACGGCAGCGCAAAUAUCAUAUUCACGUGUACACGCACGGUGCACCCCCCCCUUCAACCCACACACACCACAAACAAACCUUAUAACCGUCAGUGCAGCGGCAGAAAUGCACCGCUGGAACAUUGUUUACUCAGUUUGGCAUGAAGACAGCAGGCUGGACAAGAAGAAACACAUAUCACUUAUAUCACAGUCCAGUUUAAUUAUAGGGGUCAAUACAUAUUUUGUGCCUAGAUUAAUAAAGUUCACACAUAAAAUGGA